UUAUACCUGGCCUUCUAUUUCGACUUGUGUGUGUUAGUAGCCACCUGGAGUCUUGACUGUCCCAUUUUCAUUCAUCACCCAGCACCAACGGCCCAAAGACUCAUCGCAAUGAACGAUUCAGGAGACCUGUUCGAUUUCCUGGUGGUCGGGGGAGGAACUGCGGGUCUUGUUGUCGCAGCCCGCCUGACUGAGGACCCAAGGAUUCGAGUUUGCGUCAUUGAAGCAGGGGCAUCUAAGCUGGGAGACCCCAAUGUCGAGAUGCCAGCGUCCGUGGGAAAGAUGCUUAAUAACACCGAAUAUGACUGGGCCUUCCAUAGCACACCACAAAGAGAGGCCAAGAACAAAGUGUUCCACUUGCCCCGCGGGAAAUUGUUCGGUGGCAGCAGCGCAAUCAACUUCACGACUUACGUGCGCCCCCAUGCGCAGGACAUAGAUGAUUGGUCCUCGGAAUUGGGAAUCGAAGGCUGGUCGUUCAAUGACUUGCUGCCGUAUUUCAAACGUCAUGAGCAUCUAGAGGCAGAUCAACCCAACAUAGCGGAGCGUAACACCACUGAAUCCCCUCUGAACCUCGAGCUACACGGAGUCGAAGGACCGAUUCACACGUCUCUGGCGACCUGGCAGAUACCUUUCGAGGAACCUCUUCUUGAUGCUCUGGGUCAAGUGUCAGGUCAAUCUGCGCCCCUUGAACCGUACAGCGGCAGCCAUCUUGGUUUUUACAGGUCAUUGCUCUCCAUAGACCGCACGGGCAAACCCAUCAGGAGCUACGCUGCGAAUGGUUUUCUAGCUCCUGCACUCGAUCGUCCCAAUCUGUGCGUGCUCACAGACGCUCUGGCUGGUAAGAUCAUCAUGAGCACCGACUCCACGGGUUUGCUUGUGGCGCGAGGUGUUGAGAUACACCACCAAGGGACCAGGAGGAACGUAUUUGCAAGCAAAGAGGUUAUUCUGAGCGCUGGAUCCUUUCAAUCCCCUCAACUUCUCGAGCUUUCCGGGAUCGGAGAUCCGAAAAUCCUCCAGCAAGCCCAGAUACCAUGUGUGCUGUCGAGUCCACAUGUGGGUAACAACCUCCAGGAGAAGACCAUGUCGGCUGUUGUAUACGAGCUAGGCCCGGGGGAGUUAUCAUUAGACUCGGCCUUUUUGGACCCAGCCCUCGGGGCUGAGCAUUUCCGUCUUUAUAUGACAACAGGGUCCGGUGCCCUGUCAGGAAUAGCUAACUUGAUGGGGUUCGUUCCUUUUGCGUCCCAAGUAAGCAACACGGGGUUGGAAAAGACACUGAGCACCGUCGAGUCGAGCACGCCAUCGGUGCCGCAAGAUCUUUCAUUCCAGGCGAAGCAAUACAAAGCCAUCGCCGGCCGUCUCCGCGAUCCAAACUCGGCCAGCAUCCAGCUCCUGGGGUCCCCUGCCAACUUCGACAUCGCGCAAGGCCACGCAGACUGCUCCAAACUGGUCCACGGCCCCCCCGCAGGAUCGGAAAGACCAUGCUAUGCCCUAAUCGGGAGCAACAUGUACCCCCUCUCGCGGGGCAGCGUCCACAUCCGCACCUCCGACCCGCGGGACGAGCCGGCUAUCGACCCAGGGUUCUUCACACACCCCGCCGACGCACACGUGCUCGCCGCGUCGGUCGCCCUCGCAGACCGCGUGCUCCGGUCGGCGCAGCUAGAGGGCAAGGUCGGCGCCCGGGUGGACCCGCCGCCGGAGGUCGAUCUCCAGGACGCGGACGCGGCGCGGGAGUUCGUGAGGGACCGCAUCGUGACUUAUCACCACGCGCUGGGCACCUGCGCCAUGGGGCUCGUGGUGGACGAGAGGCUGCGCGUCAAGGGCACGCGCGGCCUGCGGGUCGUCGACGCGAGCGUGCUGCCUAUGCAGGUCAGCGCUGCCAUCAUGGCAACUGUGUAUGCGGCUGCUGAGAAGGGGGCUGAUAUGAUCAGGGAGGAUCAUGGGAUUCCCAUCUGAGACUAGAAUCUAGACACGUGUUUGCUGUUUCAUAUGCUCCCAGCUGUUGUUGUCGUGGUAGAUAACUUACGGAAUGCAUUC